CUAAUUUUGGCGGAAGUACUACUCGAGUCUCUUUUCCGGCGGCCAUAGCGACAAGUCGGCAGGCAGCCAUCAUGAAGCUCAAUACCUUCGUGACCUCCUCACGUCGCAAGAACCGUAAGAGGCAUUUCAAUGCCCCAUCACACAUCCGCAGGAAGAUCAUGUCCUCUCCUCUGUCCAAAGAGCUCCGACAGAAAUACAGUGUGAGAUCAAUGCCCAUCCGUAAGGAUGAUGAGGUCCAGGUUGUCCGGGGACACUACAAAGGCCAGCAGAUCGGCAAAGUUGUGCAGGUCUACAGGAAAAAGUACGUGAUCUACAUCGAGCGUGUGCAGCGUGAGAAGGCCAAUGGCACCACAGUCCAUGUUGGCAUCCACCCCAGCAAGGUGGUGAUCACCAGGCUAAAGCUCGACAAGGACCGCAAGAAGAUCCUUGAACGUAAGGCCAAGUCCCGACAGGCUGGCAAGGAGAAGGGCAAAUACAAGGAGGAGACUAUUGAGAAGAUGCAGGAGUAAAAUGCUUCUUUUGCUAACAAUAAAAGACUGUAAAAAACUGA